ACAGAGGCAGCCAACAGUGUCCUGAGGCACAGUGCCAGCAAGGAACGUGCCUACGUCCUCUCAGCAGCCAAGAAAAGCAAUGGCAGCCCAACACAAGAUUUUCCACCUUUGUUUGCCAAGAGGAUUGAGAUAGAGGAAGAGGAAGGGCAGCAGAGGAGGAGUCUGACUGUGUCUGGUUCCUGUGGGUCAACAGCAGAUGGCAACAGUCCUAAUGGACUAAGAAAAGCCACCAGUGGGUCUCCCUGGCAGGAGCCAAAGCCAGCAGCAGUGUCCUCCUCCAGCCCUGAGACAGGCAGCAAGAGCCCAACUACCACAUCCUUGAGUGAUGCUCCAGAGAGGGUCUCCACUUCUGCUGAAGUCAGGAAUGGUGCAAACAGAGAGGCCCCUGCUGGGGAACCCUCAUCUGAAGCUGUGCCCCAGCACGGGGAGAGUUAUGCUGAAUACACAGAAGCCAACAAUGGAUUUUACUCAUCAAAGCCCAGCUCUGGCUGUGGGGACAGACCUGCAGGUGCCAUGGAGAAGCUGCACUGGUCCUAUGAAGCCUCCCAGUGCCUGGAGGAUGCAAAGUCUGAACCUGCAAGGUCCAGCUUGCAGUCUGAUGUCCCUUCUCUGCCUGAGAGAGCCCCUGUGCCCCCAGAGAACACAGAAUAUUCCUUUACAGGAUCUGUCCUGGGCUCUGAGGAGAGAAGCAGCACCCAAGAGGGCAGACCCCUGAGUCCUGAGGUCUCAGCUUACUGGGAGGAAGCCAGGUUCAGCUCCCCACCCAGAGGAAGCAGCACCAGUGCUCCAGAGACCCAGGGUGCCAACGAAUCCAGCCCUGGCCAAGACAGGAUCACUCCAGCUUGUGAAGGACAAACCCAGCCCACCACAGUGAGCCCAGGGGAGUGGAGGCACAGCGAGCCCAGCCCAGGGGCAGCCAGGUCUGAGUUCAGCCCCAAGGGGAGUGCCCUGGGUGGGUAUGAGAGCCAGCACCUGCCAGCCCCCAGCCACAGGAUCCCCUCCUAUGUGGACAGCCAGGCCUUCAGCACCAGGAGGCCUGCCCCAGACUACGAGGGGAGAGUGUUUGAGGGGAGCAGCAGGUAUGACAGCACUGCUGCCUGGGGGCCCUGUGAGCUCAGCCCUGCCACACGCCACGACCCCCUGCCCAGGGACACCCCCAUGGCCAUGCCCCAGAGAAGCCACAGGGUGCCAUUCUACAUGGACAGCUUAAACUACAACAGCAGCAGGCUUCUCUCAGGUUCCAGUGAGAGGCUCUGUGGUCCCAUCACCACCCUGCCACACAACAGCCCCCUGGGCCCUGGGUACCACCAGCCUGACCCCAGCACUCCUGGGUAAGGAAUGUUCUUCCCACGUGUCACUGUCCAGGGUUGACAUUUCCUUCUGUUCCCCAGUGGCAGCCUUGUGGAUUUGACUGAUUUGGAGAGAGCAACCUACGGCCACCACAGCUACCUGUCCAGUGCUCCCCUGCAGAGGCCCAGUGAACCUGUUUGCAGCUACUGCAGCCGUGAGAUCCGAGACUGCCCCAAGAUCAUCAUAGAGCAUCUCAACAUCCGCUGCCACGAGUACUGCUUUAGGUGUGGGAUUUGCCACAAAGCGAUGGGAGAUCUCCUGGAUAAAAUCUUCAUCCACCGGGACAUCGUCCACUGUGACAAGUGCUACGAGAAGCUCUUCUAG